AUGCCCGCCGCCGCCUGCGCGCAGCUGGAGUCGUGGGCCCCCCAUGCGCCGCCGCCGCUGCUGCCCUCUAUGUUCUACGUGGGCUUGUUCUUCGUCAACCUGCUGAUCCUGUACUACGCCUUCCUGCUGGAGUACAUCGCCCUCAACGUGGGCAUCGUCUUCCUGCCCGAGGACAUGGACCAGGCGCUGGUGGACCUCGGCGUGCUCUCGGACCCGGCCUUGGGCCUCUACGACCUGGACAGCGAGGUGGAGGCGCUGGACGGCUACUGGGAAUAGCAGCCCGGCCCGCAGGAGCCCCACGGCCAGCUGCUCCAGAUGUUGCCGGGCCGAAUCUUGGACAGCGGGCUUUGGCCUGUAGACUCAGAUGGGGGCAGCAAGCGACCGACCGGCCCGGGGCAGGGGCAGGGUCCGGGCGUCGCUGGGUGCCAGGGACUCCAGACCCCCCCUGGCGCCCUCCCGGCCCCAGAGGUGCGUCUUGUGCUGCCUCCGGGCGCCGGAGAGGAGGGGGGCAUCCCGCUACACGCGUUGGGGGCGUCGUGCUAAAGACGGGAGCCUCGGCUCCUCCGAAGGAGGCAGGUGAUGGCAGCCGUCGCCGAGGCAUGGACAGAUGGCGAGCGGAAAUUUGCACAUUUUUGUGGCACGCCUGAAGCAGCAGCGGGCCUUCCCAGGGCAGGAGCGCCACGAGACGAGAGAGCACGGCCUCGAAUGUGUAUCGCUGUGGGAGGCACGCUUUCGGAGCAACGUGGGCUCCACAAGACAGCCGGACCGAGGAUGUGACCUGUCCUUGUCCAGUGUCGACACUUUCAGGGUUUUCGCCGUGAUACUGCAGGAAUUUAUUAUGCACAGCGUCAGGAUUUGCUUAGAGGUUCUGGAAGGGCUUCCACUCACGCAAAACACCGACAGGUUGUUUAUGCCGAAUAAAGCUAUUAUUCACUCACAUUUUGCAAACCUCCAGGGACACGAGUGAAGAGUCGGUUCCAAUGUUUUGGAAGAGUCUGUGCUGGUCUAGGUGCACAGGAAUCCCGAGCGAUUAGCAGUUUGGGGGGGGGGCGAGGGCUGCAAAAAAACCGAUUGCAAAAUCCCAAGGGUUCCUUGCCACAUUGCAGAAAAUGCUGGCACUUUGCGGUUGGCUUGAACAACAACUUCAGCAUUUGCCCUGGCAGCCAUUGCCAUGCUGCAUGGGGAGCUAGGGUUGCAUUAUGCAGCCCAGUCUCGUGGAAAUGCCUUGGGGCGCAGUCCUCUUGCACCAGUACCGGCCCACACUGCAUGCGAGGGGUUGGUUUUUUACAUUCUCUCCCAUGUCAAAAGGUUUGCCGGCACCUGGAAAGUUUAUAUGUCUUUAAAGAAGCCAUUGCCCUGACAUGCUAGAUUUCUAUCUGCGGGGGGCGUCUGAUGUGGGAACCUGUUUGAAACCAGCAAUUCUCUCGCAUGCAUCUUGAGGUGUUACUGGCAUUUGGGAACUCUAGUGCAUGCUCUUUCCAAACAUGUGGACCCUAUUCUCAUCGUAACCACCCCACCCCCAGGUGACAAUCUGCACUUGCUGUUUAUAAGCUAGAAAUCAGGUUGCACUUUCUGAAUUCUUUUCCUGAUCCCAUUAAGCUUCAGAAAGUCAUCUCUUAACCCUCGAAAUGUAGCCUUUUAAAGAAGAAUUAAAAAAAAGAAAAAAAGAAUUGCAGGGAAUAAUUGUAUCAGCCACACAGUGUUAUGAAGGAGAAUUGAUUUUGUAAGUAUUUUUGUAAUUUUGGAAAAGGAGGGGGUCUUGUUGAUAACCACAAGUUAUUUUGGAAAGUGUUCAAAUGCAGUUGUUAACACUAAAGAAAAAAUAUAUAUGUAAAAAGCAAUAUACUGAUAAUAACCAUCCUCUUUCAAAUACACGAGUACGCA